AUAAGCAAUAAGGGUUUACUACCUGAUAACUUUACCAAUAUUGGAAUAUCUGUGAUAAGCGUUUCUAUCGCUGGUAUUUAGUUCUCAUUGUCGCACAGAGAAAUUGGGUUUAGACUUACUACAUUUGUUUUUCAUAAAUCUCAUCACAGUGCUUCACCAGUCAUUUAUAAAACUCAAAAAAAAAAAAAAACACUACAGUUACUUAUGUGCUACGUAUGUAUAUAUCUACAAAGUGGGCGUAAUGUCCUUCAGCACAUCCAAGCAAAUGUACAGUAAUACGCGUUGCCUGAAGUUGGCUUUGCGCGCCACCAUCUGCAUCAUAUUUUUACUGACGCUCAUCAUUUUGGUGAUCUUUACGCGCAACAAUGCACGAAAUACAGCGCUGCGCAUGUCGAGGCAGCCGGCGCCGCAAGGCAGUGUUAUACUCUUCUGGAAUGGUUUCUUCCAGGACAAGCGCUGGACCUUACCGGCGGACACCUUCCACGCGCAGUGUCCACGAGCCAAUUGCAUUUUCACCAAUCAACACGACUUUUUGCCCUCAAUCGUCGACUAUGCAGCGAUCGUUUUUCAUACGGCGCGUAAAUUUACGCUUUUCUACGGCACACCACCACAACGUGCGCCCAAUCAAACGUAUGUGUUCGCACAAUUAGAAUCGCCGACGCAUACCUGGCACAAUUUCCAGGCCGAGAGCAAUUUCUAUAAUCUCACGUUGAGCUAUCGCCUCGACUCGGACGUGGUUUGGAGUUAUAAUGUGGUAAGAACGAUUGCAACGCGUCAAAUUAUUGCGCCGGCGCUAGAUCCAAUAUGGCCGGCGGUGGAGGUGGCUUGGACGCAAAACGAUGCGGAUUUGUUAUUGUUAAUUGAAGGAAAGCGUAAAAUGGUCGCUUGGUUUGCGUCCAACUGUAAGGUGGCUUCGAGACGGGAGCGCUUAGUGAAGGCGCUGCAGACGCACGUGCAAGUGGAUGUGUAUGGCAAAUGUGGGACCUUGAGAUGCGAACGGUUCAACAGCAGUUGCGAUGAGUUGCUCGACAAAGAUUACAAAUUCUAUUUGAGUUUUGAGAAUUCCCUUUGCAAGGAUUAUGUAACGGAAAAGUUUUUUAACGCGCUGCAGCGACACAUUGUGCCCGUGGUUUACGGUGGUGCAAAUUAUACGCGUUUCGCGCCACCACACUCAUACAUUGAUGCGCAGGACUUCAAAAACGCCUCAUCACUGGCUGAAUACCUCAACUACUUGAGUGAGCAUCCCUACCAGUAUGCUAAGUACUUCUGGUGGCGUCGCUAUUACAGGGUCGAGGCUAAUGAUGGCGGCCUCCACAUGCUACCAUAUUGCGAGUUAUGUGAGCGCAUUCACUCAAAACCCACCGUUAGACGUACUCAAGUCUAUGAAGAUAUAAAUGCAUUUUGGACCGAUAAAGUAUGCACGAAAAAGGCUCGGAUAGAUUUUUAAGUUUUUAAGUUGUUUUUAAUUAAUGUAGUUAAUUAAUUCUAAUUUUUUAUAUAAAUGAAUUAUAUAAGAAAAGGUAAAAAUGCAGGCGCAUGCGCAAAAAUAAAAGUGCUCACUAUAAGUUUGGGAGUAGUGGGAGAGUUUGAUAAA